GUGGGUCCCCCGGUGGGCCAGCGUGGGAGAAUAUGGAGAACGCUCUACAUACCCGAGACCGGGUAGGGGUACAGGACUAUGUACUACUUGAAGAUUUCCGAAAUGAAAAAGCAUUCGUUGAAAACUUACGGAAGAGGUUUAAAGAGAAUCACAUUUAUACUUACAUUGGAUCAGUGUUGGUUUCAGUAAAUCCUUACAGAGACUUAGGGAUUUACAGGAAGGAAUUCAUCGAACAGUACCGUAAUGUCAAUUUCUUUGAGUUGCCACCACACAUAUUUGCCAUUGCUGACACAGCCUAUAGGCUGAUGCACGAGGAAUGCCGGGAUCAGUGUAUCCUAAUAUCUGGAGAGAGUGGGGCAGGAAAGACAGAAGCUUCCAAAAAAAUCCUACAUUACCUUGCUGCUGCAAGUUAUCAUGCUAAGCAGGUGGAGCAUGUGAAAGAAAAACUCUUGAAUUCUAAUCCUGUGUUAGAGGCUUUUGGGAAUGCCAAAACUAAUCGAAAUGACAAUUCUAGUAGAUUUGGCAAAUACAUGGAUAUUGAAUUCAAUUUUUUGGGUGCACCUCUUGGUGGCCAUAUCCUUAACUACCUUUUGGAGAAGUCUCGGGUGGCUCAUCAGAAUAACGGUGAAAGGAACUUCCACAUAUUCUACCAGCUAGUGAUGGGAGCUGAUGACAGCACUUUACAGAGGUUACUCCUUCGGCGUGAUCCAGAGUUUUACUAUUACCUGAACCAAGGUAACAGUACCAGAGUGAAUGGAAUUGAUGACGCUGCACAGUUCCAGAUUGUUAAAAGUGCUCUGUCAGUUAUAGAUUUCACAGAAGAGGAAAUAAAUGCUUUGUUUGCAGUUGUUGCAUCAGUUCUUCACCUAGGUAAUGUUGGCUUCACAGAGGAUGAUGGUCGUGCUGUUAUUGCACAGGAGAAAUCAGUUUAUUCUGUAUGCAAGCUCUUAGGAUGUCCGGAAGAUAUGUUGAAUGAUGCCCUUACUCAUCGUACUAUUGAAGUUUGUGGUGAUUCUGUUGUAAGUCCACUGAAUCGAGACCAGGCUAUACGUGCAAGAGAUGCCAUUGCAAAAGCUGUGUAUGAGCGACAGUUUAAGUGGUUGGUCCAGAAGUUAAAUGCCUCUCUAGAAAAUAAGGAUGAUGCUGGAAAGAAAACCCUAAUGGGUCUGCUAGAUAUUUACGGGUUUGAAAUCUUUAAAAAUAACAGCUUUGAGCAGUUUUGUAUCAACUAUUGCAAUGAGAAACUUCAACAACUUUUCAUUGAACUAACACUAAAGUCCGAACAGGAAGAAUACAGGAAAGAGGGCAUUGAGUGGGAGCCAGUAGAAUAUUUCAAUAAUAAAAUUAUAUGUGACCUUAUAGAGGAGCAGCAUAAAGGUAUCAUCUCCAUUCUGGAUGAAGAAUGUCUUCGACCAGGUGAUGCAACAGAUAUGACAUUCCUUGAUAAACUAGAAACAGUUGUUGGGUCACACCAACACUUUCUCUCCCAUAAGAUAGCAGACAAAAGAACUAAGAAAACGUUAUGUAGAAAUGAAUUCAGGCUGAGACAUUAUGCUGGAGAUGUCACAUACAGAGUAGAAGGGUUUUUGGAGAAGAAUAAUGAUCUUCUGUAUCGAGAUUUGAAAAAGACUAUGACAAAGACAUCCAAUCUCAUCACAAGAACUUCUUUUCCAGAAUCUGAGCUUUUAAGCAAGAAAAGACCAGACACAGCAGCCACCCAGUUUAAGAGAAGUUUAUCUCAACUGAUGCUGAUCCUUAUGUCAAAAGAACCGUGGUAUGUCCGAUGUAUCAAACCCAAUGAUAGAAAACAGUCAGCUGUUUUUGAUGACAUGAUUGUGUUACAUCAAGUCAAAUAUCUUGGUCUUAUGGAAAACUUGAGAGUUCGCAGGGCAGGGUUUGCUUACCGACGCCCUUAUGAAGUUUUCCUAAAAAGAUACAAGUGCCUUUGUCCAAAAACUUGGCCCAGUUAUCAAGGUAGUGCCAAAGAAGGAGUACAAGUUCUAGUAAACCAUCUGGGCUAUAUACCAGAUGCUUACAGAAUGGGAAAAACAAAGCUUUUCAUUCGUCUACCACAAACUCUUUUUGAGAUUGAAGAUAGCUUCCAGAACAAGAAACAUGAUUUGGCCACAAUAAUUCAGGCGAAAUUCAGAGCCUAUGAUCAGAGAAAGAAGUUUUUGCAAAUAAAAACAUCAGCAAUUAUUAUAUCCUGCUAUUGGCGACGGUACGCAGCCAAGAAAUCACUUGCAAGACGACGACGGGCAGCCAAGGUGAUUCAAAAUUUCAUCAAAGGUUUUAUCAGAAGAAAUGAAGCAGAAAAUGAAACAAAUAAAUAUUUUAUACGAUGUGCGAAGUCUGAAUACUUACGCCGUCUAGCUCACAACCUGCCAAAGAGUGUCCUUGAUAAGUCAUGGCCUCACCCUCCAAGAUGCUGUCAUCAGGCUUCUAACCUUCUACAAGACAUGCACAGAAAGUGGCUGAUGAGAAAGUACUGCAAAUCACUCUCUGCUGAGCAAAAAGCCCAGCUUGACCAAAAAGUAGUGGCCCAUGAUCUUUUUAAAAACAAGAAACAGAGCUACCCUCAAACUGUACCACAACCAUUCCUUGAGAACAGGCUAACUCCUGAACAAAAUACUAUGAAAGCAAAUGCCUUUGAUAACUCUUCUAAUCCUCAUGGUGAAAAGACGUUGUACUGUGCACCAGUGAUCAAAUAUGAUCGUCAUGGCUACAAGGCUCGUGGACGAAUUCUUGUGGUGUCCGACAGAGCUAUUUAUCUUCUAGAUGAUAAAGAUUUUAAACAAAAACAUAGGUUGGAUUUUCAGGUGUUAACAGGUCUGUCUUUGACUAACAUGACUGAUGUUAUAUUGGUGCUGAGGAUACUUAAUAAUCUUAGAAACAAAAAAUUAUCGAUAAAUAUUUAUACUUGA